AUGGCCGACGCCGAAAACGCGACGAGGGCGCCCGAGAGCGAUGCCCAAGAGACCAGCACCCCUGCCGAAGCUCCAGCUCCAGCCCCAGCUGCACCCGUCGGCGAGCAUUGCGUCACCGAUCGACCUACGCCACCUGGCCAGUCCUCCACCGGUGAAAUCAUCAAGCUCAACGACAUCGAUGUCUACAUCUCCAAGCCCGCCGACUACCCACACGCGCCGGCGCGGCUGCUCCUGUUCCUCAGCGGCGGCACGGGCAUCAAGUCGGUCAACAACCAGAUCCAGGCCGACCGCUUCGCCUCGGAGGGCUUCCUCGUGCUCAUGCCCGACAUCUUUGGCGGCGACGCGGCGCCCGGCGCCGUCACCAUCGCCGACGACACGAGCUCCUGGCUCGAGCACAUCAAGCUCAAGGCCGCCGAGGUGACCAAGUCGUUUGUCAUUGACAUGUGGCUCGCCCGCGUCACGCCCGACCGCGUCCUGCCCAUCCUGCACACGGUCCUCGACGCCGCCCGCGACCAGUACCCCGACGCGGUCCAGCACGGCGACGGCAUCUACGCCGUCGGCUACUGCGUCGGCGCCCGCUUCGUGCUCUUGCUCGGCAAGCAGACCACCGAGCCGGCGGCGGACGAGGAGAGCGGACCGACGACCCACGGCCCGUACAUCAAGGCCGGCGCGCUGGCGCACGCCGCGUCGGUCGCGCCAGAGGACUUUGACAACGUGUGCGUGCCGCUGAGCCUGGUCUGUGUCGAGGACGAUCCGCUCUUCACCGACGAGGUCCGCACGCUGGGCGAGGACACCAUGUCCAAGGCGAACCUAGAGCACCAAGUCCAGGUGUAUCCCGGUGUGCCCCACGGCUUUGCGGUCGUCGGCGAGUACGAAGAGGCCGGAAUACAGGAUGCUCAGGUUACCGCCUAUGAGCAAAUGCUGAAAUGGGUCAAGGAGCACUAA